AUGCCUCGGCCCGGCCGCAACACCUACAGCGACCAGAAGCCGCCCUACUCGUACAUCUCGCUGACGGCCAUGGCCAUCCAGAGCUCGCCGGAAAAGAUGCUGCCGCUGAGCGAGAUCUACAAGUUCAUCAUGGACCGCUUCCCCUACUACCGGGAAAACACGCAGCGCUGGCAGAACUCGCUGCGCCACAACCUCUCCUUCAACGACUGCUUCAUCAAGAUCCCGCGGCGACCGGACCAGCCGGGCAAGGGCAGCUUCUGGGCGCUGCACCCCAGCUGCGGGGACAUGUUCGAGAACGGCAGCUUCCUGCGGCGCCGCAAGCGCUUCAAAGUGCUCAAGGCUGACCCACUGGCUCCCUCCAAGCCCUCGGAGGCGGCCCAGUACCUCCAGCAGCAGGCCAAGCUGCGCCUCGGCGCCCUGGGCGGCGGCGGCGGCGCCCACCUGCCCCAGAUGCCCGCCUACAGCCUGGGCAUCUCUCAGCCCUCCGGCUUCAAGCACCCCUUCGCCAUCGAGAACAUCAUCGCCCGGGAGUACAAGAUGCCCGGCGGGCUGGCCUUCUCCGCCAUGCAGCCCGUGCCGGCUGCCUACCCGCUCCCCAACCAGCUGACGACGGUGGCGGGCGCGGGCUGGCCCCCCAUGUACGGCGCCGGCAUGCUCGAGACGGCCACCCCCAUCUCCAUGGCCAGCGCCGGCGACUACAGCGCCGCCUACGCCGUGCCCCUCAAGCCGCUGUGCCACGGCGGGCCGACGCUGCCGGCCAUUCCGGUGCCCAUCAAGGCCACGCCGGCGGCGGCCAUCCCGGCCCUGCCCGCCCUGCCCGGCCCCAUCCCCACCCUCCUCUCCAGCUCGCCGCCCUCGCUCAGCCCGACCUCCUCGCAAACCGCCGCCAGCCAAAGCAGCCCCGCCACCCCCAGCGAGACCCUCACCAGCCCGCCCGCCGCCCUCCACGCCGUGGUCGCCGUCCACUGA